AUUUGCAAAACCACAACAAAACGUUACAAAAGUAACAGAAUAUGUUACAUUUUUGCCCGUCAGGUUUCAUGGGUGACUUUUUCCUUUUCCAGUUCGUUAUUCUCUGUUUGUGCACACGAUUUCAGUAAGCUUGAAGCUUUUUUUCUGCAGUUUUAGAUGUGGGAGAUUUAAGAGCUCGGAAUCGGAUCCAUCAUCCAUCUACUAUCUGUACGGCCGCAGCUCCGGACUUGGUUGCGAGUCGCGACGGUGCGACUUAUCAUGAAGUGUUUGAAGUUUUGAACUGUGUCUUUACCGAAUUAUAGCAUCACCGGGAAUGGCUUACCGUGGAGUUCUGCGCUUUGCUCCCCAUCUUCAGACCGGAAAGCAGGACUGCUUUACCGCCUUUACGGGAAACAUCCGGCGGCACAUUGCGACCACUUCGCAUCGGUGGAAUGAUGGCGAAACUACAGCUGUCUCCUACGACUUCCCAACCGUCAAAGUGGACAGAAUUCCCGACAAAGCGGGAUUGCUCCACGUUCAGCUCAACCGUCCCGACCGGCUCAAUUCCCUGAAUCCGCAGGCCUGGAAAGAUAUCGGUGAAUGUUUCGACAAAAUCGCUUCCGAUCCAGAAGCUCGAGUGGUGGUUCUUAGCGGAAACGGCAAACACUUUUGCGCUGGACUGGACCUGAUGGAUAUGGGUCCGUUAAUGGAGCUAGUUGGAGGCGACACGGAAUUUGCUCGUAAAGCUCUGAAGAUGCGCGAAACCAUACUGAAAUACCAGGCUACAUUGUCGGCCAUCGAGAAAUGCCCAAAGCCAGUGAUUGCAGCCGUCCAUGGAGGCUGUAUUGGAGCCGGCAUAAAUAUGGUGGCAGCGUGCGAUAUCCGGUACUGCACGGAAGACGCUGUAUUCGCAAUUAAGGAGGUGGAUAUCGGAAUUGCCGCUGAUGUUGGUGUACUGCAACGCAUGCCGAAAUACACCGGAAACGAUUCUUUACUCCGCGAACUAGCCUUUACUGCUCGAAAUUUUUCGGCUGCUGAAGCCCGGAAGAUCGGCUUCUUAUCGAAAACAUUCGAUAGUAAAGAGGGAAUGUUAAACAGCGCUAUGGAUCUUGCCGCCGUGAUUGCCCGGAAAAGCCCUAUAGCAAUUCAAGGAACGAAGGUCCAUUUGAACUACAGUCGGGAUCAUACAGUGCAGGAAGGAUUAGAAAGCAUGGCUAAUUGGAACAUGGCAAUGUUGCUCAGCGAAGAUUUGAUGAAGUCUGCUACUGCUUCCAUGGACCGGUCUGGAAAAACAAUUCCUAAAUUCGAAAAUUUGCUAUGAUUUCAUGCACUUCUUCAGUAGCGCACUGUAAGUCUGUAACAAAACACCUGCGACUGGCCUUGUUGCAUAUCGUGGCAAGUUGGCAACAUCCGUGCGAGCGGGAGCAGCGGCUGCAAAGGCGGAACAGGAUAAGCCGAUAAGGCAGCCAAGUGCCAGAACAUGACCCAAGACUGCCUGUUCAGCGCUUUGGGCUUCGAACGCUAGGACCAGUCGGACCGGAAUGCUACUUACGGAAGUGGGUAGGAGGGUACGGCAAGAAACCGGCGUGGCACGAGCACCGGGUUUUCUCUGCUAAUACGCUGGCGUAGAUAUGUUGACAUAUCUUAUACGUUUAUCAAUAUUCCGGAAUAUCUACGCCAGCGUAUCAGCAAAGGAAUCCAGCGCGGGAACGCGACCUCCGUUCAGGGAACAGCUCCCUGCUCCAACCGGAG